AUGGAUGUCUGGCAACAAGGUUUCUUGAAGAAGAGGCACCUUCUGCAACUGAUCUUGCUCUACACUGCCUGGGAAAUGGGAACUUCCCAGCUGUAUUAUUCUGUAUUGGAGGAAUCCCAGCAGGGCACAUUUGUAGGCCACGUUGCUCAAGAUCUGGAUCUGGACACGGCAGAGUUGGUGCCUCGGAUGUUCCGAAUGGAGUCUGAAGUCCCUGGGGACUAUUUUGAGGUAAAUGUCCAGAAUGGAAUUUUGUUUGUUAAUUCCCGAAUAGACAGGGAGGAGCUAUGUAGCAAGAGCCCAGUUUGUACUAUUCAUUUGGAAGUGAUUUUAGAUAAACCAUUGAGGAUGUUCCAUAUUGAGGUAGAAAUCAAAGAUAUAAAUGACAACCCCCCAGUUUUCUCAAAAAAUCAGUUAAAUAUCUUUAUAUCAGAAUCAACAACAUAUGGUUCCCAUUUCCUUCUAGAGAGUGCAUCUGAUGCAGAUAUUGGUAAAAAUGGCCUUAUUACAUACACAAUUAGCCCAAAUGAAUAUUUUGGUCUGGUCAUUCAGAACAAGCAGGAUAAAAUCAUUUUACCAGAGCUUGUUUUAAAAAAGACUUUGGACAGAGAAUAUAUAUCUUUGCACUAUUUAUUGCUUACAGCAACUGAUGGGGGUCAGCCAGAAUUCACAGAAUCAAUACAGAUUGUGAUAACAGUGCUGGAUGUUAAUGACAAUAGACCUGUUUUUAACCAGUCAGUUUAUGAAAUACGUUUACCAGAAAAUUCAGCUAUUGGGACCCUAAUUGCAACAUUAGAAGCAACAGAUCCUGAUGAAGGCAUUAACAAGGACAUUAUUUAUAGUUUUAAAACACCGUUUCCCUCAAAUGUCCUAACAACAUUUGAAAUUGAUGAGAAUACUGGAGAAGUCAAGUUGAAAACAAAGCUGGACUUUGAAGAUGUCAACUUAUAUGAAAUUCAGGUACAAGCUAUUGACAAAGGCCAUGCGCCAAUGGAAGGAAAUUGUAAACUUUUGAUACAAGUGUUGGAUAUGAAUGAUAACAGCCCUGAAAUGAUAUUGAAAUCACUCUCUUUGCCAGUUCUGGAAGAUUCUCCUCCAGGAACAGUGGUGGCUCUGAUCAGUAUCUCGGACAGAGACUCUGGGGCCAAUGGGCAAGUCAGUUGCUCUAUGAGACCACUUGGGCUACCUUUUAAGCUACUGUCCACCUUCAAGAAUUACUAUUCUGUGAUUGUGGCUGAGCCUCUGGACCGGGAGAAGGACACACAAUACAAGCUAAUAGUGACAGCUCAGGAUCAAGGGGUUCCAUCACUGUCAACUAGUAGCAGCUUUGUAGUGACCAUUGGUGAUGUCAAUGACAAUGCACCAGCUUUUCCUCAGAAAUUGCACACCAUAUUUGUGAAGGAGAACAACCCACCCGGUGCUCACAUCUUCACAGUAUCUGCCUCAGACCCGGACAUGGCUGAGAAUGCUCAGGUCAGUUACUGGUUGGAUGAGACGUUCUGGCCACUGUCAAGUUACAUAUCUGUGCACUCAGAGAGUGGGAAACUCUAUGCUUUGCAGUCACUGGAUUAUGAAGAGCUGAAGCUGCUGGAAUUCCAAGUGAAAGCCAAGGAUGCUGGGCUGCCUGCCUUGAGUGGCAAUGUGACAGUGCAAAUUUUUGUGGUGGAUGAGAAUGACAAUGCACCAUCAGUGAUUAUGCUAAAAGAAGAGGUUUCUAUCUUACUGGUGGUUCCUGUAGUUGCUGAAUAUGUGGUGGGCAAGAUACGUGCAUUGGAUGCUGAUUCAGGUUUCAAUGCAUGGUUGAAUUAUGAGUUGCAUGAGGGGACCAUUGGGCCUUGGCAGGUGGGGCUGCACAGUGGUGAAAUCAGUACAACAUCCAGCUUAGAUGAAGCAGAGAGCAGUAGCCAUAUCCUAUUGGUUCUGGUGAAAGACCAUGGAGAGCCAGCUUUGUCAGCCACAGCUACAAUGAAUAUAUCAUUGGUGUCAGGCACCCAAGCUGUUCAGACAGAUGCCUAUAUUCCUAAAAUAGGAGGAAACCCGAAGACUCUGGCAGAGAGCAUCAAUACCUACCUCAUCAUAGCCAUCUGCUCAGUGUCCAGCUUGUUCCUGUUGGCUAUCAGCUUGUAUGUGGCUUUGAAUUGUCAGAAAGACAUGGUGAUGUAUGGUCCUGGUACAGCUACACUAGUAUAUGCCAAUGAUGUGGGAAGCUGGUCAUAUUCCAAGCACCGUGGUUGCAAUUUGGGUAAUGCUUCUGGAGAAACUGGCAUCAAGGGUGACCUCAUGGUUUUCAGCCCAAACUUUCCUGUCCUUGCAGAAAAUGGGAAACAGCAGGAUCUCCUCUGUGCAAUGUCCACUCACAAGGAGCGGCUGUGUGGAAUACACAAGAGCAAUCUCAAAGAUCUCUCCUUAAUCCGGAGAGAAUUUCAGCAGCCCAGAUCCUUCAUCCAGUUGCCAACUCCAUUGUAA